AUGUCCUCCUUUGAAUCAGUGGUCGUCAUCGACGGCAAAGGACACCUCCUCGGUCGUCUGGCCAGCACUGUCGCCAAGCAGCUGCUCAACGGUCAGAAGAUCGUCGUCGUGAGAUGUGAGGCCCUCAACAUCUCCGGCGAGUUCUUCCGCGCGAAGCUCAAGUACCACGCCUACCUUCGCAAGAUGACUCGUUUCAACCCCACCCGUGGUGGUCCCUUCCACUUCCGCGCUCCUUCCCGUAUCCUCUACAAGGCCAUCCGCGGUAUGAUGCCCCACAAGACCGCCCGUGGUGCCGCCGCUCUGGAGCGCCUUAAGGUCUUCGAGGGUGUUCCCCCUCCUUACGACAAGAAGAAGCGUGUCGUUGUUCCCCAGGCCCUCCGUGUCCUGCGUCUCCGUCCCGGCCGCAAGUACUGCACCGUUGGCCGUCUCAGCCACGAGGUUGGCUGGAAGUACCAGGAUGUUGUUUCCAGACUCGAGGAGCGCCGAAAGGUCAAGAGCAAGGCUUACUACGAGCGCAAGAAGGCCGCUCGUCGUGUCCUUGCCAAGGCCGAGCAGGGUGCGAAUGUGGACAGCAAGACCAAGACCCAGCUUGCUCAGUAUGGCUACUAG